AUGACGGUGUCGGACGGUGAUUUCAAGAGCUCCGGCAAAGACGUGCAGCAAAGAAGCGAUGGCAGUGUGCAGAAGCAGCCUGUUCUUUAUUCCCUUUCUCUCGGUCAACAACAGUUCUCCCGACGAGUAGCAGAUCGACAGCAGCCACGGUGGUGGAACGAAAUAAGGUUAGCAAGCAAAUUAAGCUUUAUCAGAGAUAGAUUGGUGGAAUGCUAUUUUUUUGCGGCUGGAAUUACACCCCAACCUCAACUCACCAAAGCUCGCAUAGGUCUAACAAAAGUGUCUAUACUAGUAUCAAUAAUUGAUGAUAUUUACGAUGUUUAUGGAUCUCCAGAUGAGCUCCACUUAUUUACAAACGUGGUUAAAAGGUGGGAUCUUAAUGGGGUUAAACAACUUCAAAAUUAUAUGAAACUAUGUUUUCUUGCUCUCUACAACACUAUAAAUGAGUUGGGAUAUUAUAACAUUAAAGAACAAGGAGUAAAUCCAAUAUCUCUACUUGCAGAAAAGUGGGCAGAUAUGUGUGAAGCAUUCUUGGUGGAAGCAACUUGGAAUUACAAAAAGGUUACACCACCUCUCAAGGUUUAUCUUGAGAAUGCAUGGGUUUCUAUCUCGGGUGUUGUCAUCCUUUCACAUGCCUACUUCUUGGUCACUCAAAAUAUCACCAAUGGUGAACUUGGUGGCUUGCAAAAUAACCAUGAUCUUCUAAGAUGGUCAUCCAUGAUUUUUCGCUUAUGCAAUGAUUUGGGAACUUCUAAGACUGAGUUGAUGAGGGGUGAAACUGCGAAUUCAAUAUUAUGUCGAAUGCAGGAAAGUGGACAUUCAGAGAACAAUUCUCGUAAUUAUGUAAAAGGUUUGCUCGAUGAAGCAUGGAGGAAUCUGUUAAAUGAAAAGGAUUUAGCAGGAAAAAAUUCAGAGUUUGAGAGACUAUUUAUUGAAGCAACGAUUAACCUGGCUCGCAUUUCUCAAUUCUCUUAUUGGUAUGGAGAUGUACAUGGAGUUCCAGAUAACAGAUCUAAAAAUCUAGUCUUGUCCUUCAUUAUUGAACCGUUAGCCUUUGAGUAA